CGAUUCAACCUCCUGAAACUACCCGAACCAUUGGCAGUAAGUCGAGAAUCACUCGGUGAUUUCAAUGUCUCGGCAUCAAAAUGGUCAGCAGCUGGAAGCUACCUCAACACAUAUUCCGAUUCAUCGUCUUUCAAGCAGAGAAGGGUCUUUGACAGCCAACACCAACGAUAACGAUCCCCGCCUAAAGGAACAGGAAGGCGAAAAGCCCCCGGUGUUGGAUACGCAUGGAGAUGGUCAGUCGUCAGGGAUAUCACUGCCUCAAUUCGCCCAGGUAGACGGCGUUGA